AUGCUCGCCCGCGCCCUGCUGCUCUGCGCAGCCCUGGCUCUCCGCGCUGCAGCAAACCCUUGCUGUUCCAACCCCUGCCAAAACCAAGGUGUAUGUAUGAGUGUUGGAUUUGACCAGUAUACGUGUGACUGUACGCGAACAGGAUUCUACGGGGAAAACUGUUCAACACCUGAAUUUAUGACAAGAAUAAAAUUACUCCUGAAACCCACUCCAAACACAGUGCACUACAUACUUACCCACUACAAAGGAGUCUGGGACAUUGUCAAUAGUAUCCCCUUCCUGAGAAAUGCAAUUAUGAAGUAUGUGUUGACAUCCAGAUCAGAUUUGAUUGACAGCCCACCAACUUAUAAUGCAGACUAUGGCUAUAAAAGCUGGGAAGCCUUUUCGAAUCUCUCCUAUUACACCAGAGCUCUUCCUCCUGUGGCUGACGACUGCCCAACGCCCAUGGGUGUGAAAGGGAAGAAAGAGCUUCCUGAUUCAGAAGUGAUCCUGGAUAAAUUUAUGAUAAGAAGAGAGUUCAUUCCUGAUCCCCAGGGCACAAAUUUGAUGUUUGCAUUCUUUGCCCAGCACUUCACCCAUCAGUUUUUCAAGACAGAUCACAAGCGAGGACCAGCUUUCACUAAAGGACUGGGUCAUGGGGUGGAUUUAAAUCAUGUGUAUGGUGAAACUUUGGACAGACAACAUAAACUGCGCCUUUUCAAGGAUGGAAAACUGAAAUAUCAGGUCAUUGAUGGAGAGGUCUAUCCUCCCACAGUCAAAGAUACCCAGGCCGAGAUGCUCUACCCGCCUCAUGUCCCUGAACACCUGCGGUUUGCGGUGGGCCAGGAGGUGUUUGGUCUGGUGCCUGGUCUGAUGAUGUAUGCCACCAUUUGGCUGCGCGAACACAACAGGGUGUGUGAUGUGCUUAAGCAGGAGCACCCAGAGUGGGAUGAUGAGCGGCUGUUCCAGACAAGCAGGCUAAUACUGAUAGGAGAAACUAUCAAGAUUGUGAUUGAAGACUAUGUACAGCACUUGAGUGGCUAUCACUUCAAACUGAAGUUUGACCCGGAGCUGCUUUUCAACCAACAAUUCCAGUACCAAAACCGCAUUGCUGCUGAGUUCAACACUCUCUACCACUGGCACCCCCUUCUGCCUGACACCUUUCAAAUUGAUGACCAGGAGUACAGCUAUCAGCAGUUUGUCUACAACAAUUCUCUAUUGAUGGAACAUGGGCUUACCCAGUUUGUUGAAUCAUUCACCAAGCAAAAUGCUGGCAGGGUUGCUGGUGGUCGAAAUCUUCCCGCUGCAGUUCGGAAAGUAGCCAAGGCCUCCAUUGAGCACAGCAGACACAUGAAAUACCAGCCUCUGAACGAGUACCGCAAGCGCUUUCGGAUGAAGCCCUAUGAAUCCUUUGAAGAACUCACAGGAGAGAAGGAAAUGGCGGCGGAGCUACAAGAGCUCUAUGGUGACAUUGAUGCCAUGGAGCUGUAUCCUGCCCUUCUGGUAGAAGUGCCUCGCCCAGACAGCAUCUUUGGUGAGACCAUGGUAGAACUUGGAGCCCCCUUCUCCUUGAAAGGGCUGAUGGGCAAUCCUAUAUGCUCUCCUCACUACUGGAAGCCUAGCACUUUUGGCGGUGAAGUGGGCUUUAAAAUCAUCAACACUGCCUCCAUUCAGUCUCUCAUCUGCAAUAACGUGAAGGGCUGCCCCUCGACGUCGUUCAGUGUUGGGGACCCACAGCCCACCAAGGUGGUCACCAUGAAUGUGAACCCCUCGCACUCUGGACUGGAGGAUAUCAAUCCUACUGUGCUACUGAAAGGACGUUCAGCUGAACUGUAG